CUUCAGCGGGCUGGCCGGCACCGACGCCAGCUGGGUGACCUCCGACGACAGGCACUUCCAGCUGAGCCUGUGCCGACCGCUGGCCGCGGACCACCUGCCGCCGCCCUGCCUCGCGCUGCCCGGGACGGCCGUGUGCAUGCAGGCGGGUAGCGAGUCCGUCAGCCUGGGCCGGGUGGCCGGCGAGCCCACACUCAAGGCGGACGGCUCCCUCUCCGUCGUCUACUCCAACGGCUCGCGCUGCGGAUCCGGCACCUACAGCUCCGAGGUGCAGCUGGUGUGUGGGCCAGAUGACGGGCGACCGGUACUGCAGGGCACGCGCGGACCCUGCGCCUUCGUCUUCGUCUGGGAGACGGCCGCAGCCUGCGGCGACCAGGAGAGCUCGGGCGCCGACUGCCGCGUGCGUGACCCCCUGUACGGGUACGAGCUGGACGUCAGCUCGCUGCGCCGUCGCCAGGACUACGCCAUCCCGCUGGACGGCGGCCGCACCCUGUACGUGAACCUGUGCGGCCCGCUGCAGCGCCGCUGCGCCGGCGCCGCCGAUCAGGGCGUCUGCCUGGUGGACGGCGACAACAUGACCGGAUACGGCGGCGCCACCUCACUGCUGCAGUACUCUGGCGGCGUGCUGAAGCUGGAGAUGACCGGUGGCGCCGCCUGCGGCGCGUCGGCGAACCAUAGCACCCGGCUGGUGCUGACCUGCGACCAGGCGGCGCCGGCGGCCGCCGAGGUUGGCCUGGUGCACCUGGGCGGCUGCACCACCUACCUGGUGAUGCCGGCGCGGCAGGCCUGCCAGCCGCGCACCACCUCCAGCUGCCGCACCCCGGACGGCCGCUACGACCUGAGCGGCCUGACGGCGCUCACCGGGAACCACAAGUACCGCGAGGUGGCCGCCACCUACGUGCUGAACGUGUGCCACUCGGUCAACCCGGAGGAGGGCGUGAGCUGCCCGUCCGACGCCGGCAGCUGCCUGGUGCGGCCCGAGCAGCCGCUGGCCGGCGACAGGUACCUGAGCCUGGGUGUCGUGGCGGGCGGGCCGACGGUGGAGGCCUCCGGGGCGGUGCUGCGCUACAACUCCAGCCAGCCGUGUCCGGGCCAGCCCCAGCGGCGCCGCGCCACGCUCAUCCGCUUCCACUGCGACCGCGGCGCCGCCGGCAGCCAGCCCCGCCUAGUGUCCAGCGACGGAUGCCUGUACGAGUUCGCCUGGGACUCGCCGCUCGCCUGUCCGCUGGCGGAGGCGCGUGGCGCCGCCAACUGCACCGUCACCAACCCGCGCACCAACUUCAGGUUUGACCUGGGGCCGCUGCGCCGGCCGCAGGGUUACACGGUGGCCCACCCGCUGGGGCGUCAGUACCAGCUGAACGUGUGCGGCCCGCUGUCGCAGCCCGGCAACUGCUCGGCCGGCUCUGGGGUCUGCAAGACAACACCGGUGAACCCAUCGAACGUUUGGGACGGCGGCAUGGCCAACGACCGACUCGUGUUCGAUGACGGAGUGCUGUUCCUCAACUACAGUGGCGGGGCCCCCUGCGGCGGCGGCGGCCGGCGCUACUCCACCGUCAUCACGUUCAUCUGCGGUCCGGAGAACGCCAGCCCGCAGCCGGUCGUCACCGACGACGACCUGUGCGUCAUCACCGUCCACUGGCCCACCCACUUGGCCUGCGAGACGCGGGUGGACUGCACUGUGGACACUCCGGACGGUCCGGUGGACCUGACGCCGUUGAUCCGGUCCGACGGUGGACACGCCACGGCGGCGGCGGCGGCGGGCGCGCCCGGCCCUCCGGACCAGUUCCUGAUCAACGUCUGCCGCCCGCUCGGCCCGGACGAGGGCCACGCCUGUCCGCCCGGCAGCGGCGCCUGCCACGUCCGCGGCACCGUCGCGCAGAGUCUCGGUCACGUGCACGGCCCGCCCCGCCUGCAGUCGGGUCACGUGAGCCUGCUGUACGAGCACGGCUCUCCCUGUCCGGAGAAGCCCGGCCAGAACCUGACGGCCGAAUUGCAGCUCUACUGCAACGCUACUGCCGCGGCCACGGCUCUGCCCGACCGGCCCGAGUACGCCGCCUGCCGCUACACGUUCGGCUGGCAGACGUGA